AUAGGGUUGUUCAUGAAAUUGUGAAAAAUACAUAGGAAGGGGGAGAAAUUUUUCAAAAUUAGAGGGAAAACCAAUCCAGGCUUCAAUCGAUUCGAAGUUCGGAGCUUAUGGCGUUGGAAGAAGAAGAAGAGCAGGUAGGAGACGAGCGUGAUGCUCCGGCACACCAUCCAUCCCCACCGCCCGAUGAGUUAUUUGACAUUUCGACAACGGUUGAUCCAAGUUACAUAAUUUCGUUGAUACGUAAACUUCUUCCUACUAAUGUGGGAAAUGGCCAUGCUGAUGAAAGUACAGACUCAUUGUCUGGAGAUGGAGUUCUAAGUUCACCGAAGCAUUAUUUCAAGGCCAUGGAUGUUGUUGAUGGUGCUGAUAGAUCUUCUUAUUUUGAAGGGGAGGCUGAAGAUCCAUGCAGUAAACUUGAAAAGGCUGGUUUAUCAGCUGGAGAAGAAGCUUGGGAAGAACAUGGUUGUGUUUUGUGGGAUCUGACUGCUAGUGUAACUCAUGCAGAACUCAUGGUGCAAAACCUAGUCCUUGAGGUGCUUUUAGCAAACCUAAUGGUUUCCCAAUCUGUGCGUGUCACGGAGAUUAUCCUUGGAAUCAUUGGAAACCUUGCAUGCCAUGAAGUUCUCAUGAAGCAUAUCGUCUCUACAAAUGGACUGAUUCAAAUAAUUGUAGAUCAGUUGUUUUUAGAUGAUACUAAAUGCCUAAAUGAAGCUUGCAGGCUUCUAACUUCAUGUCUUAAAAGUAGUGAACCUAUUGUUUGGGCUGAGGCGUUGCAGUCUGAACAUAUUUUACAACGUAUUUUAUGGAUUACAGAAAAUACGUUAAAUCCACAUCUUAUGGAAAAGAGUGUUGGGCUGUUAUUAGCCAUCUUGGAAGGUCGACAAGAAGUAGCUCUUCUUCUUCACCCAUCUUUGAUGAAGCUGGAUUUAUCAAGUCUUUUGAUUAAUCUCUUGACCUUUGAAAUGAACAAAUUAGCAAGUGAAAGAAUACCUGAAAGGUACUCUGUUCUUGAUGUUAUUCUUCGUGCUGUUGAAGCUUUUUCUGUUUUAGAUGGUCACUCUCAAGAAAUUUGCUCAAAUAAGCAACUACUUCAACUACUUUGUAACCUGGUUAAAUUCCCUGAAAAAGUUGAGGUUGCCAAUUCUUGUGUUACCGCUGGAGUUAUAAUUGCAAAUAUUUUUUCUGAUGUACCCGAUCUGGCUACAGAGAUAUCAUCGGAUUUGCCUUUCUUAUUGGGUCUGCUUGAUAUCUUUCCCUUUGCUUCGGAUGAUUUGGAAGCACGAAAUGCAUUCUGGAGUGUUAUCGCAAGGUUAUUGGCAGAAGUUCAGGAAGAUAAGAUGAGCUCAUCAAUUCUGCAUCAAUAUGUAUCAAUUAUCAUGAGCAAAUCAGAUGUAAUUGAAGAUGAUCUUCUUGAUCACCAAUUAGGUGAUUCUAGUCUAGAAGACAAAAGCAUCACCCCUUGCGGCACAAAUUCAGAAGCUAGAAUAACUGCUCUGAGAAGUAUAAUUAAUAUCUUAAACAAGUGGACUGUUUCAAAGGAUGAAGUGGACAAGAAUGAUUUGGUGGAUUAUCAUACGGACGACGAAAAUGUGGUUAGAUUGUUGGAUCGUUGUCACAAAUAUAUUGAAUUCAAUGCUAGAUCAUGUUCCAAAAGUUAAAUCAUGGCCAAGAAAGCUCAAAUAGAGAACAGUACCAUCAGAAAUGUAAUAUUCUCUGGAUUCUUGGAGAAGAAGGAAUAUUUGCUGAGAGGCGAAUAGUACGGAAAUAUCUGUCAUUUGCUCCACAAUAAUUGUUGGCAAUGUGCCCUACUUCCAAAUCUGCUGGUAUGCAAGCUUGAAUAAAGGCAUUUUUAUGAUCUUUGGAGAAACUGGAUGCAUCUGUUGAUAUAUAUAUUCCGGUUCAGUGCAUUACCUUGUUUGUGUAUUGCCCAGGAAAGAUAUACUCUGCAUAUCAAUUCCUCUGUGGGUAAUGAUUUAUGAUUAUUUGAAGUCAAGCAGGUAUCCCAUUGCCUGUCGGGGCCAUUUUUUACAACAAUCAAGUGGCGGAUGAUGAUCCCUUUUAUGUGCUGAUACUUCAGAAGCUACGGAAAGAAAUUAUACAAUUAUUAUUGUACUAUAUAUAUUCCUAGAAGAUAGGAUGAGGAAUUUUAUUUUCAAUUUAUUGCCGUUCUAUAUCUCCUGUGAUGGCAUGAAUCAACUUUGCUGAACUGGUAAUCUAGUUUUGACAGAAAAAUGUAGAAGGCGGAACUAGAAUUAAUUAGGGGCUGAGAAUAUUUUUUGUAUGAUAUUUUGAUUUUCAGUCAAUCUCUGCUUUGUGCUGAUUACAAUUGGUCAAUCCAUGAAUAAAUUUAAAAUUAUUU